AUGCCUCGCCAGAUCACCGAGAUCAAGGACUUCCUGCUGAAGGCGAGGAGCAAGGACGCCAAGUCCGUCAAAAUCAAGAAGAACGCCGACAACGUCAAGUUCAAGGUCCGCUGCAGCCGCUUCUUGUACACCCUCGUCAUCAAGGACAAGGUGAAGGCCGAGAAGCUGAAGCAGAGUCUGCCCCCAGGCAUCGCCAUCAAGGAGCUGAAA